AUUUUGAAACUAUAUAUUUGCUCGCCAUUCUAAUUACACACACACACACAUAAUCCAUAUCUGUGACCAUGUCUCCUAAUUGGUUUAUUGGCUUUGCUACUAUUGUAGCAGCCAUCCUCAUUCGCAAGCUUUUCAAGCUCAUAACUCGUCCUUCCUUACCUCUACCACCAGGUCCACGACCAUGGCCUAUAGUCGGAAACUUACCUCACAUGGGUCCUGUGCCACACCAUGCACUCGCAGCCUUGGCUCGCACCCAUGGCCCUCUCAUGCACCUUCGUUUGGGUUUCGUUGACGUUGUGGUGGCCGCUUCCGCCUCCGUCGCCGAGCAGUUCUUGAAGGUUCAUGAUGCUAAUUUCUGCAGCCGGCCACCGAACUCCGGCGCCAAAUACAUGGCUUAUAACUAUCAAGACCUUGUGUUUGCUCCCUACGGCCCACGGUGGCGGUUGCUCCGGAAAAUAAGCUCCGUUCACAUGUUCUCAGGCAAGGCCUUGGAUGAUUUUAGACACCUGCGGCAGGAAGAGGUUGCAAGACUGACAAGCAAUUUAGCAAGUUCUGGCUCUAAAGCGGUGAACCUGGGACAACUGUUGAAUGUGUGCACCACUAACGCAUUGGCGAGGGUAAUGAUUGGACGGAGAGUGUUCAACGACGGCAACGGUGGCUGUGAUCCCAGAGCGGAUGAGUUUAAAUCAAUGGUGGUGGAGCUUAUGGUAUUGGCUGGAGUUUUCAAUAUCGGUGACUUCGUUCCUGCUUUGGAGUGGCUUGACCUUCAGGGAGUACAAGCCAAGAUGAAGAAAUUACACAAGAGGUUUGACGCAUUUUUAGCCAGCAUUGUUGAGGAACACAAGAACUCCAAGAGAGAGAAGCACCAAGACAUGUUGAGUACGUUGUUGUCACUUAAAGAUGAUGAAGAGAAACUCACUGAUACAGAGAUCAAAGCAUUACUUUUGAACAUGUUCGCGGCUGGAACGGACACGUCAUCAAGCACAACAGAAUGGGCCAUUGCUGAAAUGAUAAGGAACCCGAGAAUUCUGGGCCGGGUCCAACAAGAAGUGGACAGUGUUGUGGGCCGGGACAGGCUUGUCACUGAAUUGGAUUUGCCUCACCUUCCUUACUUGGAGGCUGUGGUGAAGGAAACGUUUCGUCUUCACCCAUCAACCCCUCUUUCUCUCCCACGAGUUGCUGCAGAUAGUUGUGAGGUUUUCGGCUACCACAUUCCUAAAGGUGCAACUCUGUUGGUCAAUGUUUGGGCCAUUGCACGUGACCCUAAGGAAUGGCCUGAACCAUUGAAGUUCAAGCCCGAAAGGUUCCUCCCCGGUGGUGAGAAAGGUGAUGUUGAUGUUAGGGGAAAUGACUUUGAGGUUAUACCUUUUGGUGCUGGACGUAGGAUAUGUGUUGGUAUGAGCCUUGGGCUCAGGGUGGUUCAGUUGCUGACUGCAAACCUGGCUCAUGCAUUUGAUUGGGAGCUUGAGAAUGGGCUGAACCCUGAAAAGCUCAACAUGGAUGAAGCAUAUGGGCUUACCCUACAAAGAGCAGUGCCACUUUCGGUCCAUCCUCGGCCCAGGCUCUCACCACAUGUGUACUCAUCAUGAUUAUCUUCCUGAUUUGGAGUUUGGCUUCUUGUAGCUUGUCUUUGUCCCUAUCCCCUUAAUAAAAGAAGAAGUCCCUACUACUCUAGUUUGUGAAAAUCCAAAAAGAGGUUGGGGUAGAUAGUUGUAUCUUCAAGUUUGUAUGUGACUAUGCUAUUAUCGGGUACUUGCAAUAAGUGGUAAAAAAACUAAGUGGGCGUUUGAU